AUGACCCUCCUCGUCCUGCUGGGGCUAGUUUCCUACUACGUUGGAACCUUGGGGACCCACACUGAGAUCAAGAAAGUGGCAGAGGAGAAGGUCACUCUGCCCUGUCACCAUCAACUGGGGCUCCCAGAAAAAGACACCCUGGAUAUCGAAUGGCUGCUCACAGAUCACGAAGGGAACCAGAAAGUGGUGAUCACUUACUCCAGCCAUCACGUCUACAAUAACUUGACUGAGGAACAGAAGGGCCGAGUGGCCUUCGCUUCCAAUUUCCUGGCAGGAGAUGCCUCCCUGCAGAUUGAGCCUCUGAAGCCCAGUGAUGAGGGCCGGUACACCUGCAAGGUGAAGAAUUCAGGGCGCUAUGUGUGGAGCUACGUCAUCUUAAAAGUUUUAGUGAGACCAUCAAAGCCCAAGUGUGAAUUGGAAGGAGAGCUGACAGAAGGAAGUGACCUGACUUUGCAGUGUGAGUCAUCCUCUGGCACAGAGCCCAUUGUGUAUUCCUGGCAGCGAGUCCAGGAGAAGAGGGGAGAGGAUGAACGUCUGCCUCCCAAAUCUAAGAUUGACUACAACCACCCUGGACGUGUCCUGUUGCAGAAUCUCACCAUGUCCUCCUCUGGGCUCUACCAGUGCACAGCGGGCAAUGAGGCUGGGAAGGAGAGCUGUGUGGUGCGAGUGACAGUACGGUAUGUACAGAGCGUGGGCAUGAUUGCAGGAGCAGUGACAGGUAUGGUGGCCGGAGCCCUGCUGAUUUUCCUCUUGGUGUGGCUGUUGAUCCGACGGAAAGACAAAAAGAGAUAUGAGGAAGAAGAGAGACCAAAUGAAAUUCGAGAAGAUGCGGAAGCCCCGAAAGCCCGCCUGGUGAAGCCCAGCUCCUCUUCCUCGGGCUCGCGAAGCUCUCGCUCCGGCUCCUCCUCCACGCGCUCCACCGCCAACAGCGGCUCCCGCAGCCAGCGGACCCCGUGCGCCGAGGCGGCGCGCCGGCCCGGGCUGGCCGCCCACGUCUAUGGCCCUCUGGGGCCGGAGGCCAGAGGUUCUGAACCAAAGAAAGCCCCCCACGCUACCCUGACCAAAGCAGAAAACACCCCCAGCACGAUCCCCAGCCAGAGCAGAGCCUUCCAAACUGUCUGA